AUGGCCUGGGACUCCCCAUGCAGCGGGGACUUACUGCGCCCCAAGAUAAGGAGUGCCUCAAGCCGGACGUCCGGUAGCCGGAGCAGCGCCAGAACGCCGUCCCUGCAGGAGCUGCGGCGCCUGCUCUGGACACGCACACAUCCCACCGGGCACGUGGAUGAAGUCUGGCCAAACCUUUACGUGGGAGACCUGUAUGUCGCUCGUGACAAAGUACAGCUGAGCCAAAUGGGCAUCUCCCAUGUUGUGAAUGCUGCUGCUGGGCAAUUUCGCGUUGACACCGGACCCAAGUUCUACAAAGACCUGUCUGUGGAUUACUAUGGAGUAGAAGCAGAGGACAACCCAAACUUUGAUCUCAGCAUUUACUUCUACCCAGUUGCUCGAUACAUAAGAGCAGCACUGAAUUCCCCAAGAGGCAAAGUACUAGUUCACUGUGCAAUGGGAAUCAGUCGAUCUGCAACACUUGUCCUCGCUUUCUUAAUGAUCUGUGAAGAUAUGUCCCUCGCUGAUGCAAUUCAGACUGUGCGCGCUCACAGAGGGAUCUGCCCCAACUCUGGCUUCCUCAAGCAGCUUUGGGAAUUGGACCUCCAGUUAGGAAGGGGAAAAGGCAGGGGAGCAGAAGCCUGA